GCCCAGGAACAUCUCAUUUCCAGAGAGAGAGAGAAACAGACCCAGACCGGGAGCAACUGGAUAGCUGGAUAUGAUGGUGCAUGGCCAGAAAGGAUUCAAGUUCCAGAACUGGGCAAAGACCUAUGGCUGCUCCCCAGAGAUGUACUUUCAGCCCACAUGUGUGGAGGAGGUCAGACAGGUGCUGGACCUAGCCAAGAAGCAAAACAAACGUGUGAAGGCAGUUGGGGGAGGCCAUUCUCCCUCAGAUAUCGCCUGCACUGAUGGCUUCAUGAUCCAUAUGGGAAAGAUGAACCGGAUUCUCAAGGUAGACAAGGAAAAGCGUCAAGUCACAGUGGAAGCAGGUAUCUUCCUGAUGGACUUGAAUGUGGAGCUGAGAAAAUAUGGCCUGGCACUCUCCAACUUGGGAGCUGUAUCAGAUGUUACUGCUGCUGGUGUGAUUGGGACAGGAACCCACAAUACCGGGAUCAAGCAUGGCAUUUUGGCCACUCAGGUGGUAGCAUUAACUCUGAUGACAGCAGCAGGAACAAUAAUGGAGUGCUCAGAAACCAGCAAUGCGGAGUUAUUCAAGGCUUCCCAGGUUCACCUUGGCUCUCUGGGUAUCAUCCUCACCAUCACUUUCCAGUGUGUACCCCAAUUCCAUUUGCAAGAGAUUUCCUUUCCUUCCACCCUUAAAGAGGUUCUUGACAAUUUAGACAGCCAUCUCAAGAAAUCUGAAUAUUUCCGAUUCCUUUGGUUUCCACACAGUGAUAAUGUCAGUGUCAUUUACCAAGACCACACAAACAAGCCACCCAUCUCAGGUGCCAGCUGGUUUUGGAACUAUGCCAUUGGAUUCUACCUGCUGGAGUUCCUGCUCUGGGUCAGCACUUUCCUGCCUUGCCUCGUGCACUGGAUCAAUCGCUUUUUCUUCUGGCUCCUAUACACCAACAAGAUGGAGAACAGGAAUAUCAGCUACAAGAUCCUCAACUACGAGUGUCGCUUCAAGCAGUAUGUCCAGGACUGGGCCAUUCCCAUUGAAAAGACAGCAGAAGCCUUGUUAGAGCUGAAGACCAUGCUGGAAAGUCAUCCCAAUAUGGUGGCCCAUUUCCCUGUGGAAGUGCGAUUUGUGAAGGGAGAUAACAUCCUACUUAGUCCAUGUUUCCAGAGAAACAGCUGCUACAUGAACAUCAUUAUGUACAGGCCCUAUGGAAAGGAUGUUCCCCGCCUAGACUACUGGCUGGCCUAUGAGCGCAUCAUGAAGGGGGUUGGAGGGAGGCCCCACUGGGCCAAGGCACACAACUGCACUCGGAAAGACUUUGAGAAGAUGUAUCCAUCCUUUGAGAAAUUCUGUGCUCUCCGGGAAAAAUUGGACCCCACUGGAAUGUUCCUGAAUGCAUCCUUGGAGAAAGUGUUUUACUGAGAAAAGAUUUUUAAAAUCUUUAAAAAAAAAACAAAAAAAAAAACCUUAGCUGCUUGCUCUAAGAUACCACAAGUUUUUACUCCCACCACCUUCUAUUCUACCUGGUAUAGUGCAGUACUAGAGCAAAUCUCUACAGAAUUUCAGAUAUUAUCAGUAACAAAACUGGUUACUCUAUCUUCUACCUAAAAAUCUCCAGGAAUAGAUCCAAAAGCCACCCACUCCAUUUCUGAAUUAUUCCAAUUGUUAAAAAGUUUUUCCUUCUUUUGAAUGGAAAUACGCAUUUCUGCAGUUUCUACUCAUUGUUCAUAAUUUUGCCUUCAACAGAAAAGGUUUUCCAUUUUCUAUUUGACAGUCUUUCAACCCAAAAUACUGUCUCAUCUUCUCCCUGGACUUAAACUAUGGGAUCAGAGAUUUGGAGUUGGAAGGGACUUUAGAGGUCAUUGUAAUCUGAUUUCGUACAUCAUUUUACGGAUGAAGAAACUGAGGUCCAAGGAGAUUAAAAUGAUUUGUCCCAGAUUAUGCAGGUAAUAUAUUGCAGAACCAGAAUUGAAACAAAGAUUUUUCAUUCUAAAUUUAAUGUUCUUCUCACUGCAAUUGCCUCCUAUCUCCCAUUUCUUCAAAUGAACUUACUAUGGCAAGAACUUCAGUUCCUUCAUCAAUCAGGUUACUUAUCAACAUCUUUUCCUAAAAUAUGGAACCCCAAAGCCUAACAUAAGAAGAUCAUUAUCCUGAUUAUAAUGUCCCUAAAAAUUAAUAGACAAAAGAUCUUAUACCCAGUGUGAACUUCCCUUCUGUGCACAAACACUAAGUGUUUCUGUACCAGCAGACCAAAAUGACUUACAUUAUUAGAUACACUUUACCAGCAGUGAUCUCAUUUAUUUUUAUUAUUGAGGAGAUAGAUCAACUGUCCCCCACCACAACUAAGAUGAAAAAAGUUCCUUAAAGGAAGGACAGGAACUAUUUUCCCUCCUCUUUCUCUUUUCCUUGUCCUUCUCAUCUCUAUUUCUUCUCCUCUUUAUUCUCCUUCACCUCCUGUAUCUCCUUUCUUCUUUUCCUUCUUGCUCUUCCUCUUCUUUUUCCCCUCCUUCUUCUCCUUCUUUCUCCUCCUUUUAUCUUCUUUCCUAUUUUUUGUAUCCCCUAGCACAGUGACUGGCUAAAGGCUUUUUGAUGGAAUGAAGAAAUAAGGUCCUAAAUCAAUAUUAUAAGCAUCACAUACCUUCAACCAUAUUCCUUUCUUCAUUUUAUGCUCAUCAGUCUCUUCCUCCAUUAAACUUAUUUUUGCUGUCUUUGAAAUUAUGUGUCUGUGUCUGUCUAUUUAGAUGAAAAAAUCCCUAGAAGGGAGACCAAGAAAACUCAAUGGACUGAAGUGACAUAACAGUGAAUAAAGAUCUGUCUCACACA